CCCACCCCAUGUUAGAUCUUUUUAAAUUAUGGAAAUUUUGUGGAAGACGCUGACUUGGAUAUUGAGCCUAGUUAUGGCUGCUUCUGAAUUUCAAAGCCUCAACAGACUUUCGCACAAUUCCCAAGAGGAGUUCCUGUCCUACCUUGAACACUACCAGUUGACAGUCCCGGUAAGGGUGAAGGAAAAUGGCGAGUUCCUGAGCUACACUGUGAAACACCAUCGGCCAGCGCGGCGGAGGAGGGGACUGGACCCGUCCGAUUCCAGGCUGUUCUACCAGCUGUCGGCCUACGGAAGGCAUUUUCACUUAAACCUGACCCCGAAUCCCCACUUGGUGUCAAAACAUUUUACUGUAGAAUACUGGGGGAAAGAUGGCCCGGAAUGGCGGCAUGACUUUGUUGAUAACUGCCAUUAUGUUGGAUUUCUGCAGGACCAAUACAGCACCACGAAAGUGGCGUUGAGCAACUGCAAGGGCUUGCAUGGUGUUAUUACAACAGAAGAAGAACAGUAUUUAAUUGAGCCAUUAAAGAAUAUAUCCUCCACAAAUUCCAGUGAUAUAAACCUUGAAGAAGGCCAGCCACAUGUUAUUUAUAAAAAGUCUUCCAUUCCCCGGCCCCAAGAGCACAGGGAAGAGGAGGUCAGCUGUGGUGUUUCAGACCUCACAAGAAGUGGAACGCCCCGCUGGCUGAGCAGUCUUGCCUCAGCUCCCCCAGCCCCUUCCCCAAUUAAUAGCAGUACAAACAGUGCCCACCGGCAUAAACGAUCGGUCAGUUCAGAGCGUUUUGUGGAGACCCUAGUGGUAGCUGACAAAAUGAUGGUGGGGUACCAUGGACGCAAGGACAUCGAGCACUACAUCCUGUCUGUGAUGAAUAUUGUUGCCAAACUGUACCGGGAUGCCAGUCUAGGAAACGUUGUGAACAUUAUUGUAACACGGCUGAUCGUUCUGACAGAAGACCAGCCAAACCUGGAGAUUAACCACCAUGCAGAUAAGUCACUGGAUAGCUUCUGCAAGUGGCAAAAGUCCAUUCUGUCACACCAGGGAGAUGGGAACAGCAUUCCAGAGAAUGGAAUUGCUCACCACGAUAACGCUGUUCUUAUUACCAGGUAUGACAUCUGCACUUACAAGAACAAGCCCUGUGGCACCUUAGGUCUGGCGUCAGUAGCAGGAAUGUGUGAACCAGAGCGUAGCUGCAGCAUCAAUGAGGACAUUGGCCUGGGCUCAGCGUUCACCAUCGCCCACGAAAUUGGGCACAAUUUUGGCAUGAACCACGACGGGAUUGGGAACUCAUGCGGGACCAAGGGUCACGAGGCUGCUAAGCUAAUGGCGGCGCACAUUACAGCCAACACGAACCCCUUCUCCUGGUCAGCCUGCAGCAAAGAUUACAUCACCAGCUUCCUGGACUCAGGUCGGGGGACGUGUCUGGACAAUGAACCUCUGAAACGAGACUUCCUGUACCCCACAGUGGCCCCGGGGCAGGUGUACAGCGCGGACGAGCAAUGUCGUUUCCAGUACGGCGCCUCUUCCCGCCAGUGCAAGUAUGGGGAAGUGUGUAGAGAGCUGUGGUGCCUUAGCAAAAGUAACCGCUGUGUCACCAACAGUAUUCCCGCAGCUGAGGGAACACUGUGCCAGACGGGCAGCAUCGACAGGGGGUGGUGUUACCAGGGAGAGUGUGUGGCAUUUGGCACAUGGCCCCAGAGCGUCGAUGGCGACUGGGGUCCCUGGUCCUUAUGGGGCGAGUGCAGCCGAACCUGCGGUGGUGGCGUCUCCUCCUCCCUCCGACACUGUGACAGCCCAGCGCCGUCUGGUGGAGGAAAGUACUGUCUUGGGGAAAGGAAACGUUACAGAUCGUGUAACACUGAUGCCUGUCCAGCAGGAUCGCGGGAUUUCCGGGAAAAGCAGUGUGCGGAUUUUGACAGCAUGCCAUUCCGUGGGAAGUUCUACAACUGGAAGCCUUAUACUGGAGGCGGUGUGAAGCCUUGUGCCCUGAAUUGCCUGGCCGAAGGCUACAACUUCUACACGGAGCGGUCUCCUGCUGUCAUCGAUGGCACGCGCUGCAAGGGUGACUCACUGGACAUCUGCAUCAACGGCGAGUGCAAGCAUGUGGGCUGUGACAACAUCCUGGGGUCCGACGCCAAGGAGGACCGCUGCCGGGUGUGCGGGGGGGACGGGAGCACCUGCGAGGCCACCGAGGGACUCUUCAACGACUCGCUCCCACGAGGAGGCUACAUGGAGGUCGUUCAGAUUCCAAGGGGUUCUGUCCAUAUCGAGAUCAAAGAAGUGUCCAUGUCAAAAAACUACAUUGCUUUGAAAUCGGAGGGAGAUGACUACUAUAUCAACGGAGCGUGGACCAUCGACUGGCCCCGGAAGUUUGACAUUGCAGGGACAGCGUUCCACUACAAGAGGCCCUCAGAUGAGCCAGAGUCCCUGGAGGCCCUUGGGGCCACCACUGAGAAUCUAUUCGUCAUGGUGCUCCUGCAGGAACAGAACCUGGGCAUCCGCUACAAGUUCAAUGUUCCCAUCCUGCGGACCGGGAGUGGGGACAGCGAGGUGGGGUUCUCCUGGCACCACCUGCCGUGGUCCGAGUGCUCAGCGACCUGUGCUGGAGGUUCACAGAAGCAAGAGGUUGUGUGUAAAAGGCUAGAUGACGGCUCUGUGGUCCAGAAUAGCUACUGCGACUCAGACAGCAAACAGCCAGAGAACCAUCGGGAUUGCAACACGGAGCCUUGCCCCCCAGAGUGGCUCAUUGGCGACUGGGCCGACUGCAGUAAGACGUGCGACGGAGGGAUGCGCACGCGCACGGUCCUGUGCAUUCGCAGGAUUGGCCCUGCCGAGGAGGAGACGCUGGAGGACAGCAUCUGCCUGACUCACCGGCCAAUCGAGAGAGAGUCCUGCAACAACCAGUCCUGUCCUCCGCAGUGGGUCACCCUGGAUUGGUCAGAGUGCACUCCUAAGUGUGGGCCCGGGUUCAAGCACCGCAUCGUCCUGUGCAAGAGCAGCGACCUGACCAAGACCUUCCCUCCGGCUCACUGCUCCGACCACAACAAGCCCCCGGUGCGCAUCCGCUGCAGCCUGGGCCGCUGCCCGCCCCCCCGCUGGAUCCCAGGAGAGUGGGGACAGUGUUCGGCGCAGUGCGGCCUGGGACAGCAGAUGAGGGCGGUGCAGUGCCUCUCCUACACAGGGCAGCCGUCUGCAGACUGCGCCGAGUCUCUGCGCCCCCCCACCAUGCAGCAGUGCGAGAGCAAGUGCGACGCCACGCCCAUCUCCAGCGCAGAGGAAUGCAAGGAUGUAAACAAGGUGGCAUACUGCCCACUGGUGCUGAAGUUCAAGUUCUGCAGCCGUGCGUACUUCAGACAGAUGUGCUGCAAGACGUGCCAAGGACACUGACCCGUGAUGAGAGAGAGGCCCAAGACCAAGCAAGCAACAGAGAGGGAGAGAGAGAAAGGGAAAGAAAAAGGCCAGAGAGUGAAACGAGAGGAGUCACAGAAGGAGGGAAGAGAACCUGCCUCUCGCACCUGCAUUUCUUUAACCCUGUGGAACCCCAAACCACUGCUCAGCCUCCUGCUGACCCAUUCCUGCUUUAUUUUCACUUCUGUGAAGUGGGAACUUAGAUUUGUAUUGCAUUGACAUUAUUUUUAUUAUAAUAAUAAUAAUUAUUAUUGUUGUCGGUUUGUUAUUUUUAAUCCAAAGUGCUGGACACAUCAUUCUCAGAGAUGCGCCCUGCGGGAAAUAUGUGGGGCAAAGUAGGCAAGCGUUGGAAACAGGAGGUCGAUCUGGUGUCUGGGACUUGCCCUUGAGCCGAAUGGACGGACGGAUGGACAGAUGGAGCGACAGACUUUGGUAGUCUUAUUGAAUGUGCUUUGGUUUCACGGUGCGAUUGUGUGAGCAGAUCUCCGCUUUCCACACAAACGUUUCCAGAUCACUGAAAUAGCGUGAAGACCCUAUGUGAACGUAGCAUGUCCGAUGCGUACAGUGUUGAUAAAGUGAUGAGCUGAAAGUAUCCCGUCACAUUUUUUCCCCUCCUUGUGUUUGUGAACUCUGACAUUUGUCUGAGACCAUACCAUGUACCGUCAGGGGGGGUGGUGGGAGGGCGCAGCGUAUGUGUAGAGCUAUUUGUGUUCUGGAACAAUGAAAACCAUCCUGCUACUUAGAUAUGGAAUUAAUCAAAACAGAAGGGGGAAAUAUUUGAUUUCAGUUGGCCUGAAAAACAGGUGGUGGUGAGAUACUGUUUAUUUUUAAGUUCUUUUUUUUUGCUAGAGAAAUCAAAACAGAGGGGUGCCCGUGACUGAUAAACCUUUACACGUUCCCCCACCCUCCCCCACCUCCUGACAGUGUCACUAGAUCACUGUCUAGACCACACAGACUUUCUCAGAAAUACAGCCUGGCCAUGAGACCACCAAGAUGGAGACAGGGCCUCAGAAAAUGGAAAAAAAGACAACUUGAAAAAACAGAAAGAAAGCUGCUGACUAUUGUUAGGGGGCUCAUCUUUGAGCUCGGGCCCUGUGAGGGAGAAAAAACUCAAUUAAAGCGAGGGGUUCCAGAUGUUGAAACAGCAAAGACACCUGUUUUAAUAAGCAGGCUCUGAGACUGACUGUGUCGCCACAGGGUCACGUGACCACCGCCAAAGAAUCCCACCAUUGUCUGAGUGAGAGAACCAGUUCUCUCAUAUGAGUGGCGAUUAACCAAACCUGUGGCCUCAAAAGUGUCCAAACUUGUCUAGUAUGCUGGCAUUCAGGUUCGACAAUGACUAUAAAUAAAAUCAAGAAAGACUUGAUUAAAUCGAAAAGGUAUUUUGCAAGUGGCUGAAGUGUGAAAUAUACAGAGGGUUUUAAAAUGUCGCACCAGGUCAAAAACGUGAGUGUUUUUGGUAAAAGGCAGUGUGUCAGUGUACAACGUACUUUCAUUUGCACCUUCAGAUUUGCAACAGAUCUUAUGAUUCUGAUAGCCUUUAAUGCUAUUUGUACGUGAGAGUAAAAUGCAUUGGCGCUAUAUUUAUUAUAUUAGAGCAUGUAAUCGCAGAGAACUUUGUAUCGUCUCUUGAAUUUCAUUAUCGUGGAUGUUUCAUCUGCACUUGAAUGGCGAGUCUCCAUGUUGACGGAUUUCACUCAAGCAUGACCUAGUCCAUGAGUUGGGCCUAUGUUUCACUCAGCCUUCAGCAGACAUGGGUGCAUUUCUCCAGCGCACCAUAUCAUGGUCUGUCACAGACUACCUCCGGACAAUGUUACCCACACCAGCUCUUCCACCUCUCCUCUCCUACAGCCAAACAGGAGAGAACUACAGUACUGCAAUAUUGCGAUCGAUGGUGCUUUUUUCACAAACUCUCCCCCCGCACUCCUCCUCCAUGUGGUAGGCUCCGCCCCAUCCCUGGUGCUACCAGACCCAAACGGGUCUUUCACAGAGUGAACGGUGCAUGUCUGAAUGGUCCAUUAUCUCACCAGAGGGGGUGACUGGACUGAAGUUGAACAGCUGAAGUGAGAAUAUCCAGUUCCUCUGGUGUUUGUGCUGUCGAUUGUUUUGGUUUUUUUUGUUAGUUUUUUGGUGUUGUUUUUUCACCUCACACUGGGUGUUUCCAUUGAAGCUGCCAUUCCCAGUCGGGACUUCCCAUUAUAUUUCCAAAUGAUGUUAUAUAUUCUUUGAUGAUACCCCAUCCAAAAUGGUAUGUGGAUACCAGGACUUGGCCAUAAAAGUGUGAUGCAUAUUCUUGCCGUCGGGUUGUUAAAAAGGGAAUGCAACGCCUGAGAUAUGAAAAUGGGACUGAAAUAUCAUAAACUGGAUUGUGUAUAGUGUAUGAAAAAAAACUAAGGAAAAAAGAAAAAAUGGGAUGAGACAUAUAGGAACUAUAAUGGACCACAACUAAUCCCUAAAUUGCAUUUUUAUUAUGCCACCAUUUUAUUCAGAUUUGCUGCUGCUACUUUGUAGCCACCCACAGUAUAUGAUGUAAGCCGAUUUCUUUUGUGUUGUAAACUGUCGUUACCGAGCAGGACAGUCACUAAGCGUCAAACCCGACUGCAGGCCCAACGGGCUGAGCGUGGUGAAUUGUUAUCAUGUAAAUCCUGAAGCUUGAAGUACGAGUUUACAGGCAUUGAGUCAAGCAGCCUCCCGACAAGCAAUCUCCCAAGACACACAGUAAAACUGGUACUCAUAGCUGUGAACUCUGAUCUCUGAAUGUCACAAUCUCUUCUCCUUUACCCACAGAAAAAAAAGGAACUUUUUGUGAUUAGUUGCUUAUAUUUUAUAUUCAGUAUUAUUGUUGGUACACUGUUACUAAUUUUUUUCAUAUUGUAAAUUAUAUGCUAAUUUAUUGCCAUGUUUCACUUGUCUUACAUUUAUUUCACUGCAUGCAAACAGUGAAAACCCCCCUCCACCCCCCUCCCACUCCCAUCUCACACACACACACACACACACACUCAUGCACCUACACACACACCCACACACACACACACACACGCACUCUCACACACGCACACACAUGCGCACACACGCACACACACACACACACUCAUGCACGUACACACACACAUACAUAUCAUCCUGUUUUUAGAUAU